CAAUAUCAACCCUCAUUACCAUGGACUUCUUCCGCCCACAUCCCUCCGCCGCAUUCGAAGGCUAUUACUCCAAAUUCACCCUCGAAUCCGGCUCCCAUAUCAUUCUAAUCUUCUGCACCGUCCGCAAUGCACCCACACGGCCUCAUAUGCUCUCCUUUACAUACAUACCAUACCAUGCCUCUCAGAAGGAUAUAUUCCAGCGCGAGAUAUGGGCGGACAACCUACACAUGACUCCAAUACCUUUGCCUGAACGACAAGAAUUCCCAUGGUUCACGAGAGCAGAUCCGUUCAAAGUUUCUAUUCCCUCAAUCGCCAGUCUCGCCAGCGAAACAAUGGAUGGUGUUGAAUACGAGGUAUGCGGCCGAGAUCUCGACUUCAAAUUUUCCGCAAAAUCAGGAGGGCGCGUUCCUUGGAUCCCUUCAUCCCCUAAUUCCACGCCUGCUGGACGCUUCGCAAGCCUCCCGCUCCCAUUGCAGUGGCACGUGCACUCCCGUGCGUCGUUCUGCAGAUACGAACUGACUCUCCCACCAUCUGUAAAGUUGCUCCCAGAAGACCUAGCUGGCAAUGCUAGAGUGCAUAUAGAAAAGAACUGGGGCCAGUCCUUUCCCAAGUCGCACAUCUGGAUCCAAGCAUGGGAUGAAGAUACGAAGCGUGGAUUCUGCUGUGCGGGAGGACGCAUACUUGGGAUGGAGGCGUACCUUCUGGGAUAUGUCAACGGGAAGGUUGGGAGUGUUAGGGAGAAACGCGGUUAUGUUGUUGAAGAGAAAGCGCUGGUGGCAAAUUUCCGGCCGCCCUGGACGUUAAGGGUUGGUGGAUGGUCGCCAUUCAACACAGUAGUUCAUGAUUGGGAAAACAGAACGAUUUGUAUGAGUGUUAGUGGGUUGAGGCAGAAAAUUGUAGUGAGCGUCACGGCAAAAGAAGGGUCCUUCUUUGAACUAAGUGCACCAUUUGCGGAUGGGCACCGGCCAAAGUUCUUGGCGGAGAGUUUUGAAGGGACCCUUGAUAUUGAUGUGUAUGAGAGGUCGUGGUGGGGAACUUGGAGGUCGAUUCAGAAGGACCGGUUCGAGGAUGCCGCGGUCGAGUUUGGCGGAGAGAACUAUCCUUUAAGAGGUGGUGAAGAUUAUAAGAGCAAAUGAGAUAGACUAGGAUAGCAUCAGCAGUUUACGCGAC